UCAACGGAUGCUAAAUGUGUUCAGUAAAAUAACAAUGGAUUUUCUGCUUCUGUUUGUUUCUGAUUUUUUGAUUCAAUCGGCACACACAUAUAAUGGCAAAACGAAAAAUUCAAAUAUCGUCUGAAUUUCAAUGUUUAUAUUGUGAACAAUCGUCAUCAACCGGAGAAGAAGACGUUGUAGAAGAAUUAAUAGCAUUAACUGAUCAACGAUUUCAACCUGCAGAAGGAUCAAAUCUAGAUGAUUUAAAUUUGUCAAUCACUGAGUUUAUAAUUCAUGAUCAAAAUGGUUUAUGUUCAUUAGAACAUUCAUCAUUGGAAAAUGGUGAUCAAAUUUAUGUUUGUGGUCGUUUGAAAACGAUAUGCUCCAACGAUGAUGAUCAAGAUGACCAAGAUGAUUCUUCGAUGAUUGUCAAAAAAAUUGGUCCAUUAAAUGAAUGGUGGUUUUCUGGAUUUGAUGGUUCAGAUUCAUUAUUGAUUGGAAUUGAAAGUCAAUAUGCAUGUUAUCUGUUAAAAUCACCACCGCAUAAUAUCUAUAAAGAAUUAUUUAAAGAAUUAAAUACAAAAAUGAUGUUAACAAAAAAAAUUAUUGAAAUUUUACAAGAAAAUCCCGAUACUAACCUUGAUGAAUUAUUAUCAAAAUUACCCGAUCAAUCAUCAUCAUUAUUAAUGACCGGAAUUAAUUUCAUUAUCCAACAGAUUCAUAGUUAUGAUUCUAGUCGUGAUUCAGAUGAAUUGUGUAUUAGUGAUACUCGAAUAUUCAAAAUUUUAAAUGAAAUAGCCAAAUCGAAUAUUUUAUCCAAAGAUUUACCACCAAUGUUAUCGUUGAAUCAAAAAAUACAAAAUUUCCCUGAUCAAACAACCAUUUUGAAUAAUGUUAAUACGAAAAAUUCUGUGAGAAUUUUGGAUGGAAUAUUUCAAAAUAUAAUUUGUUAUCGUUUCGGGCAAAAAGAUUCGAUGGUUUCCAGCUGCAAGCAGUUUUUAUCAUCGAAUAUCGAGAUCGGCACGUUUAUUCGUUACCCGAUUGACAAUCAUUAUCAAUAUGGACGUAUAAUUCGAAAAUAUCAGGAUUCCAAAUCUUUAGUUCAUCUGAAUAAUUAUUUAUUGGGCCAGGAUACUAUUCUUGGUGAAACAAUAUCGAAAAAUAUUUUAUUUGCCACUAAAAAUUGUCAAGAUAUUCAUUUGACUUUUUCAUUUGAAACGAUUGUUGUUAAAUUUUGUCAAACUUUUCCGGAAACAAAUUCAUCCGAAACACCGAAUGAAUUUAGUUGUCAUCAGAUUUAUGAUCAAAAACGUUGUACAUUCGAAUCGCUCGUUACCAAAUCGUCAAUUGAUUGUUUUGGUUGUUGUUGUGAAAAAAUCGAUACUUUUGAUGAAACAACAUCUUAUUCGGUUGGUGAUUGUGUUCUUUUACAACGAAACGAUUGUCGUGAUUUAGAAUUGCCUUUAUACAGAUAUUUUGAUGAUAAUAUCAGCAACAGCAGCCAUACGAAUGAAGAAAAAUUUGAUCGAAAAUUAUAUCCGGAAAAAUGGCGAAAAAAAUGUCGAACCGAUUCGUUGGAAGUUCCAAAUCCAAAUGAUGAUUCAAUAUUAUCCGGUUUCAAUGUAGGAUAUGUUGAAGAAAUUAUUCCAAACGAAAAAGAUUCGAGUGGUAACCGAUUAAAACUGAAAAUAUUUUAUCGACCGGAAAAUAUUUUCAAAAAAUUUAAAGAUUAUCAAAAAUGUGAUUAUAAUCUUCUAUUUUGGUCAAAUCGAACAAUGAUCGUCGAAACAUCAGCCAUUCAUCGAAAAUGUCAUGUAAUUUUUGCUAAAGAUAAUAUCGUCACCACCACCAACAUGGUAAAUCAAGAUGAAUUUUUCUAUUUUAAUCAACAAUAUGAUCAUAUCGAUAAUCGAAUAUUAUCAUUCGAAAAUUCGAAUGAAUUAAAAUUUCCGGAAAAUUUUCCUUCAAAUGAUCAUUCGAAAUUUUUGGGAAAAUUUCAAAUUUUAGAUUUAUUUUCCGGUUGUGGUGGUUUAUCAUAUGGAUUCGAGCCAUUUGCUCAAAAAUUAUUUUCAAUUGAAAAAGAUAAACAAACCGCUCAAACAUUUAAAUGUAAUUUCGUUGAUUCCACUGUGUUCAAUGUUGAUGCUAAUUUAAUUUUAAAUUUUCUUAUCAACAAAGCGAAUCAAGAAGAAGAAUUCCUUUCGGAAAGUUUACCCGAAAAUAUUGAUAUUAUCAUCGGUGGUCCACCAUGUCAAGGUUUUUCCGAAAUGAAUCGAUUUUCACAAACUGAAUAUUCAUUAUUUAAACGUUCAUUAUUGGUUUGUUAUCUAAAUUUCUUGGAAUUUUAUCGUCCAAAAUAUUUCGUAUUUGAAAAUGUUUACAAUAUGAUUCUGUAUGGAAAAUCAUUAAUUUUUAAAAUAUUCUGUUCAUUUCUCAUACAAAUUGGUUAUCAAAUUCGUGUAAUAAUUUCACAAGCUGGUUGUUAUGGCCUGCCACAACAACGACGAAGACUUUUUAUUAUUGGUGCACGAUAUGAUCAAGGUAAAUUACCCAAAUUCCCAAAGCCUACCAAUCAUUUCAAUGAUUCCAAAUCAAUGAUUUUCAAAAUAAACGGCGGUGAAAAAUUUGAUCCAUUCGAUGGCCAUCGAGGAGCCUAUCGAACGAUUACAAUCGAUGAUGCAAUCGGUGAUUUACCAACGCUGAAUGAUGAUGAUUAUUUCGUCGAUAUGAUUCGUGAAUAUAAAUGUGAACCACAAUGUUCAUAUCAACGUGAAAUGAGAAAAAAUCAACAACAACAAAAUUCAGUUAGGGAUCAUUAUUGUAAAAAAUUGAGUGAAUUAAAUAUCGAACGUAUACGAAGAAUUCCCAGGGAAAUUUCUGCCGAUUGGAGAGAUCUUCCUAACAUUCGAAUUCGAUUAUCCGAUGGUAAAAUUAUUGAAAAAUUACGUUAUGAUAACCAUCACCGACGAUCAAAACAAACCAAAACUUUAAUACCAUGGUGUUUAGCCAAUUCGGCUGAUAAAAAUAAUAAUUGGCAAGGACAAUAUGGUAGAUUAUCAUGGCAAGGUCAUUUUCCAACUAUCGUUACGAAUCCCGAUCCGAUUACAUCACAAGGUCGUGUUAUUCAUCCGGAUCAACACCGGAUAAUUUCCAUACGUGAAAUGGCACGUUCACAAGGUUUUCCCGAUAAUUUUAUUUUCCAAUAUGGUUCAGUAGCGGAUAAAUAUCGUCAAAUUGGUAAUGCUGUACCACCGUUGUUAUCAAUGAAAAUAGCAAAUGAAUUUUUUAAA